AAGAUUCACUAAUUAAGGCUGCUGCUGCUGCUGCUUCUGCAGACGAAAGAGUAAUAAAGGAUCGGAGUAGCAGAAAUGAUGAUGAUGGCGACAAGAUUCAACCAAACGGUUUAUAUGAUUUCCAUCAUCUUUUUAAUUGUGCUAAUGGCAAACUCAAUUAAUUCGCAAGCUCGUCCGGUGAUUAAGGAUACGAGUGGAAAGGGAUUUGCAUUGUACGGAAAUCGAAAUGAGGAAAUUGUUGAUGCUAAUAAAACCCUAGCUGAGGCUGAGACAUCCGGAUCCGGAAUAAGGAGUUUGAUAUCGAUAGAGUUGGCCAUGGCACGAAAGGCGAGGAGGAGAAAUGAUCAAAUUAGAAACCACCAAAAAACGGCAUCAAAAGAAUCACCAUUGUCAGUAGAAGAAGGAGAAGGAGGUGGUCAAAACUGGGGCAGAAAUCGUGGCGGUGUCCGACUCCAAGCUAAAGACAGCUUCAUGGCGUUUAGUGCUGAUUAUCAUACGGCAAGGCAGCAUCCACCUACAAAUAAUUAACUACUGGAGGAUGCAUGCUUUUAAUUUCUCUAAUUCUCUAACUAUAUAUAUAUAUAUAUAUAUGAAGGAGAGAGUGAGAGAAUAAUUUUCCACAAUUUUGAUAUAUAUAAUGCAUUUUAUUAUUAUUAUUAUUUUUUUUGGAUGACGUGGGAACCCCCGCCGAGCCUAAUACCCUGCAAAUCAGGCCCGACGGGAAAGUCACACUAGGCGAACUAUGUGUGGCAGAUGACCUGAGGCAUCGGGAGUAAUGCAUUUUAUUAUUUUGUUUGCAUGUAUCGUCGAUCAAGGUGUAGAUCAGAUGUGAGGGAUUCGAUAUAUUUAGGUUUUUGGUUUGAUUUUUGUUAAAGUU